AUGUGUAAAGCAUCUAUAGAUCUAGCGAGAAUCUCCUUUGAAUUUGCAGUUCAACCACCAUCCAUCAUCUUACUCCUUGGACUUCGUUUCCAUCCGAUCCGCCUCAGAUUCGCAUCUCUGUCAUUGUUUGUUCAUCUCAGAUCUACGUGGCCAAGGGCUUUCAGCCACCGUUGCUGCUCUUAUCGCAACACCACACCUCCGUCGCUUGCACCGCCACCAUUCUUGCACGUAGACGCACAAGAUCAUCGUCGCCGGUUGGGGUUAUGGCUUUUGUCACAGGUUGAGCCCUCAGAGAUAUUUUUGAAAUCUAUAUCGAAUGAAGUCACUAGCGUCGAAGUCAUUUACCCUUCAAGUCUGAAUGCACAACUUGUUCGCCGAAGAUUAGGACAUAUUGCUCUGAGGGGAACAAUUAUCCACCGAAAAUACUUAUAUGCUACAGUUUCAUUGAUUCCAUUUUCCUCUACACUGAUGGUUUUACCUUUGCCUAAUAUCGCAUUCUUCUGGAUUUCAUUUCGGGCUUAUUCUCAUUGGAGAGCCCUUCAGGAAGAAAGUCCAAGAUGGUGGUUAGUAUCUUGCUAAGAUAAGACACAUUACUGAAAAGAAAUUGCAGGUGAUCUAAUGAACAUAAACAAACACUGCAAGGAUAUGUAUGUUUAAUAUAGCUACAUUAUGAAAAGCUACAUAAUGCCAUUAGCAAACUUAAGCAGCAAUUCCCUUCAGCAAUGCUUAAGCUUUCCAGAUGAAAUUGCAGGGACAAAGCCAGAGUUAAAUGAACCAGAUAUUACAAGGACAUACCUUAGCAAUGUAUGUAUUGCAGAACAGUUGCACAAAAAUGGAUUGGGGUAUGCACUUCUUGAAAAAUCAAAGCUAGUUACCUAUGAUUGGGGUAAGAUAUAACAUAGCAAUUUUCACCACUUCAUGAGCAAAAUUAAUUUACUGUGAUUACUAACCGUGCUUAAUCUAUUAAAGUGUUAACCGAGUUUUUUCCUAAGGCUUCAUAGUUACAAUGGAAAGGUAUGCUCUGUGCACUUCUGGCAGUAAAUUCACAAAUUUUUUAACAACAAAAGAUGAUUGGCACCGUUGGUAAAGCAAUGAAAUGACCUUGUAUCUUAAAAGACGCGAGUUUGAUUCCCUUUGCUGAAGUGAUGAUCACUUAGGUGGGACAAUGAUCUGUAACUACCUCUGAAGACAUUCUUUGGAAGGAUCUCUAUGGUCUUCAAUGUGGUGAUCCUUUCUCCCCAUGGUUACUUUGCUCAAGACAAUGUCUUGGGAUUCCCUAAUACUGGUGGCCAGGUUGUUUACAUCUUGGAUCAAGUUCGUGCAUUGGAGAGUGAGAUGCUCAACCGCAUCAAGAAACAAGGCUUGGACAUCACCCCUCGCAUUCUCAUUGUAUCUCCCUAUUCCAGAUGUAAAUAUUUAGCUGACUUGUAUAUAGUGAAUCGAUUUUCACUAACUUGAAUCGAUUUUCACCCCUGUGAUUUUCACUAAUAUUUAACCUAUCAUUGGGAUUGGUUUAUAGCCUAACUUAAUAUAACAUAGUUAUAGGCUUGUAGCAUUUUUUAUUAUUUAGAUUUGUAACAUGAUUUAUUACUUUUCAAGAGAAAUUUGUGUAUUAAUAUUUUGAGUUUAAUGAAAUAUUCAUUUUGUAGUAA